AUGUACACGUCGCAGCAGCCCAUCCGCAGAAGCCCUCGGUUUGCGGCCGCGUCCGAGUCGCCAUCGUCAUCUUCAGCCGCCAGCGUGACGGCUUCUUCAUCGUCCAACAAGCGGCGUCAGUCAGCAACGCCCAGCUCAGCAUCUUCGUCUCCGCAGAAGAAGAAGCGGACCCGGCCCAAAGCUGGAUAUGCGCCGCCUUCUACUUAUGCGCAUCUCCCUGAGCUCCCCGAUGCCGUGGCACCCAAUCUCUUGGUAUUUUUCAUCGGGCUGAAUCCCGGCAUUGAGACUGCUCGAUCGGGCCAUGCCUAUGCGCACCCCUCCAAUCUUUUCUGGAAGCUCCUCUUCUCGAGCGGCGUGACGCCCCGUCCGUGCCGUGCCGAUGAGGACAGGCAGAUGCCGGAGCUAUACAGCCUUGGCUUGACCAAUAUUGUUGCGCGGCCAAGCCGUAACGGUGCCGAGCUGAGCAAGCAGGAGAUGGACGAUGGAGUCUCCAUCUUGGAAGACAAGGCCCGCAAAUGGCGGCCGGAGAGCAUGUGCGUCGUGGGCAAGAGCAUCUGGGAGAGCAUCUGGCGCGUGCGUCACGGCUCUCCUGUGGGCAAGGCAUUCAAGUACGGCUGGCAGGAUGAGUCUGAGAACAUGGGCGUAAUCGAGGGCGAGUGGGCGGGAGCCAGAGUGUUUGUCGCAACAAGCACCAGCGGCCUUGCGGCGUCCAUGUCUCCCGCUGAGAAGCAGGCAGUGUGGAACCAGCUGGGCUCUUGGGUCAAGACGAGGAGAGCCGAGAGGGAAGCCCAGAAAGAGAAGGAAGACGUGCCAGCAAAGAGUGUAGAUGAGACGGGUUCGAUUCUGUAG